UCAAUUGGGAAUUUUUUUACCGAAUUAUCCCGUAUCAACUAUACAUACUUUAUAUGUAAAAUUCCUGCAAUUUAUAAGAACAGCCAUUGCAUUUUGUUUUAGAAUCAUUUCCCGAAAACAGACCUGUCUGUGAAAAGAAUGGAGCAAACAGUUCAAUCAAAUAAAUGCAGCGAUAGUGAAAAGGGAACGAAAAGGAAAUUAAAGAUACAAGAUGAGCAAUGUCCAUCUGUGAAAUUAUUUAAAGUGGACGAGAAAAAAGGUGGAGCUGAAAUUUCAAAAACAGGUGCAAGAAGAGAUGAAUCAUUAUUUGACUUAUCAUACGACAAAGAAGCUAGCAGAUCAGCUGUUGCUGGAAUAACACUGAAAAGAAAGUAUUCUCCUAUCCUCUCUAUUUCUGGGCCAAGCAAGAAGAGUCGCUAUCCAAUAACUCCCGGGAUCAAAGCAAUUUCAUCUAUUAUUAGAUACGGGGAAGACCAUGAUGAUGUCAGACUAUCCAUUCUAUUCCACGAUUGAAACACUAUUAUGAGAGGGGUUGCUUUCGGAGACGCAGCCCGAAAAUUUAAAAACAAAUUAAAAGUAGGUCGCACAUACACAUUUCAGAAUUACAAAAUUGAAGUCAGUGAUAGAGGGUAUAGCAACACUAAGUAUGAGAUAUAUCUUCUGGAAAAGACUAUAGCUACCAUCAAGACACUAGAAACAGGAUAUGCUGAGAUACUUAAAGUGAAAGGAAAGAAGAUAUCAGAAAUGAAUGAAAUAUUUAAGAACUUGUUGGUUUCCACAAAAAAGUGAGAAUUAGCAAAAUUGGAAAGUUGUACAGACCAAAAGAAAAAUUUCUUCGAGACGUUUUCGUUAGUGAUGAAACAGGAGAAAUGAGGAUUUUGACGUGGUCAUAUAAGAAAGCUGAAUUUCUUCAUAGUGUUGGCGAUCAUGUCAUACUGAGAUUUAUGACCUUGAAGUACGAUGACCAACAUUGUUUCCAUAAAAAAUCUGAUAACACGAGGAUUGUAAGAUGUCAGGCAAAGUAAAAUGAAGCAUGCUUAGAAAAAUAACUACACAUGCUUACACACAUAAAAAACAUAAUUAUUAGGAAGUUUAGAAAAUCAUUUUUAUUUUCAUAUUUGGAUAGCUAAAAUUGACUCUUCUUUCAUGCCGAACUUCUUCAAUGAUGAAAGGAGCAUUUGCAUUGAAUGUAAACAUACUUUAUGCAAAUUAAAACUUCUUGUUUUUACGCUGUAUAA